AUGACGCCGACAAAACGAAAAGCCGCGUCCGACACGCAAACAACAACCUUCACCGCGCGCAAUCCGCCCUGGACGUACCUCAAGCUCCAGCUAAUUCACCAACACCAUAGCAACACCUCUACCUCCGCCCUUCAAACCCCGCUCGACCCCCUAACAGCACGCACAUACCUAUCCUCCGCGCUAUCGCAGUUCCUUGGUCAAAUGGGGACGUCGAUUCCAAUCGACAUCCUCAAAGUUAGUACUGAACCCUCACGAUCUCAAUCACAAUCACAAUCGACAGACAAAACGAUAUGGAUCCGCGUUCCGCGCCAGGACGCGCAAGCUGUCGUCACGGCUGUGAGUUCGUGGAUUGGUGGGGCGGGCUCUGAUACGGCGGACGCGGAAAGUGGUGUUGCGUGGAGGGUGUGUGCGAAGGGAAAUUUUUUGGGGGCGUUGGUAAGGGGGGGUGGGAGGGAUUUGUUUGUUUCCUGA